UCCCUGGAGCGUAAAGCUAUAAAAUAUUAUGCAAAUUAUUUUCACCUGCCAGUUUUUAAAAUGCGCGAACUGUUGAUUUGUUUGUGUGUUUUACUCAUAAGUGGAAUUGGUGCCAAGCAGGGGAAGAAUGAGAAAAUCCUAAACGGAAAAGUGGUCGACAUAAAGGACCAUCCGUACCAGGUGGCUCUAGUGAACAAAAAAUUCAACAGAAUCAUAUGCGGCGGUGUCAUAAUAAAACCCAGGGUGGUAGUCACUGCGGCUCAUUGCACCCACACGAUCCGAAUGGAACCAAGAAAGAAUUUGGAAGUCCUGGUUGGUGCUAACCACGUCGGCGACGACGAUGGCAACUUCCACACCAUAGAGAAAGUCAUUAAACAUCCCGACUUUUCUUAUAGAGGGCUAGACAGCGAUAUGUCGGUGCUCCUCCUCAAAGAGCCCAUCAAAUUCAGCGAAAAGGCACAAAAUAUUGAAAUUUCUACGGACGAUCAUUCGGGUGGCACCGUGGCGACAGCGUCUGGUUGGGGUAGAACGGAAACAGGUCGACCCUCUAGAAAAUUGAGAGCGGUCGAUUUAAUACUGGAAUACCCAAGCAAAUGUCAAAGUCAUUUUCCGGGAAUUUAUCACCCGACCAUUACCCACAAUAUGGUGUGCGUAAAGCCUCACCACAAGUCAACGUAUUAUGGUGAUUCCGGUGGACCACUAGUAGUCGAUGGAAAACUGGUGGGAUUGGUUUCAUUUGGAAGGCCGGUCAAACCUAACAAAAAGACUACCGUGUUCACUAAAGUCGGAAAUUUCGUCGAUUUUGUUGACGAAGUCGUACCACAGGAGUAUAAAGAAGACUAAAUAAAUAACUUAUUUUUAAAACCGCCUCCCCGUCAUUCCAAUGCCCCUAAAUACAAAAUAAGGCACCACAUUUUCAACACUAGGAAUUAACGUACUACAUGCUAUAUCGAUAUUAUUCGGACUGUAAUUACAAUCGAGUUUUAUAUAAAUGCAAAUGAUGGCUUUGCGAAUCCAUCGGAAUAAAUAAAUUAAUGUAUUUAUUACCAAAGGGUUUUGCCACCGUUUUAGAACCACACGUAACACUCAAUUAUAAUCGAGUUUAUAAAGAAAAUCAGCAUUCUAUAUUUUUAAUUGUUUAUAAUCGAGUUGGUAGUAAACAAAAUA